AUGAUUCACUGCGACGGAUUAUUGCUAUGUAAUAUUGAACGAGAGAGAAAACUCGCAGUCUGGAAUCCGUUUUUGGGCCAAUUCAAGCGGAUCAAACUGUCUAGUUCUUACGCACGGUUUGAUAUCUACGGUUUUGGAUACGACAAUGUGUCCCGUGACAACUACAAGAUCUUGAGGUUUAAAAGAGAAAAAGGAUGUGAAGAGGUUGAGAUAUAUGAGUUCAAGUCACAACUCUGGAGAAGUGUUGACUAUUCAUUGGCUUAUUCUUGGUGUGCAUGGAGGGACCAAGCUAUGUCUAUGAAUGGAAACAUGUAUUGGAUCGUUGAAAGGGAGAAUGAUAACUCCAAAACUUACUUCAUCCAGUCUUUUGAUUUCUCCAAAGAGGUAUUCAAAGAAACAUGCUGUAUUCCCUUUAUAAAUCACAAUGAUUGGCCGCCGCCACCCCGAUCAGGUUUGUCGCCACGCCUAUCAGGUUUCGGAGGAGAUAGGCUUUCUUUGUUAGCUCAACAGAGAUCUGGGGAGAUUCAGGUUUGGGUUACAAACAAUAUUGUGACUGAUGAGGUUGUCUCGUGGAGCAUGUAUUGUAAUGUGACUCCUGAUUUCAGGAUAUUAGGCUCUCAUCCAACAUACUUGAUCCACCAUACCGAUAGGGUCAAGUUAUGGUUCCGCCAUACCGAUAGGGGGGUCAAUUUAUGGUGUUCGGAAAAAGAUGAAUGUAUCUACACCAGCGUUUACGAAAUAGGAGAGGGUGAGGUCAAGAAACAAGUUGAGACAGAGCGAUAUGGGCGGUAUGAACGCCUUGACGUUCGUGAGAAUUCUUCUGCAUUUGUACCAAGUCUGGUUCCGGUCUCAAAGCAAGAGGAGACUUCUGAGGGUUGCUCUUGCUAA